AUGAACGUUUUCAGAGGAAAUUCAUACCGGCUCGGACGGCGCCCGGGUGAACAAGGUCCGCGUCCUCUGCUGAGUGACCAGGGCAGAGUCGAUAAGUUGGCGACUGGAAGGAACACACAUACGAGCUAUACGACGAAAAACACGCAAAGGCUAACUCUUGCCAAAAAUUCUUUGACAGUUGGAACAUGGAAUGUGCAGACCCUAUGGGCUGCUGGAAAAUUGGAAUUAUUGCGAAACGAAAUGAAACGUUUCACAUAUGAUAUAAUUGGUAUUUCUGAAGUGCGAUGGACAGGAAAAGGUGAAACACCGAAUGGAGAUUUCAUCUGGUCAGGAGAAGAAACUGUACAUAUGAGGGGUGUCGGUUUCUUAUUGAGUGCACAAGCAAAAAAAGCAUUAAUAGGAUAUAAUCCAAUCAGUCCACGAAUAAUUUCGGCGCGAUUUGAUGCUACACCAUUUAAGAUAACAGUCAUACAUGUAUAUGCACCAACUUCUGCAUCAUCAGAAGAGGACAUUGAAGCAUUCUAUAGCGAUAUUGAAAAAGUAAUAUCAAAGACAGAUAAAAAAGAUAUAAUCAUUAUGACAGGAGAUUGGAACGCUAAAAUUGGUACGGACAAUGCAGAUUGGAAAUCAGUUAUGGGCAAAUACGGAUAUGGCGAUAGAAACGAACGCGGAGAACGCCUCCUUGAAUUUGCCACUACACAUGAUCUCUACAUAUGUAAUACUAGGUUUCAACAGAAACCUAAUAGAAAAUGGACCUGGGCAUCGCCAGAUGGAAUUCAUAAAAACAUGAUUGAUCUAAUUCUCAUUCAAAGAAGAUGGAAGACUUCGAUCAUCAACUGUCGAACUUUUCAGAGUGCAGACAUAAGCUCAGACCAUUCGCUAGUCUUAUGCAAUAUCAAACUAAGGCUCAAGAAAAUGUCGAACAGGCCAAAUCACUCAUACAAAGUUGAUGUAAAUCAGUUGAAAGAUGAGAAUAUAAGACAAUCAUACAACACUACAUUAUUGAACAACAUAAAGGAUAUAGGACCAACAUGUAGUUUGGAAGAGCAUUCUAACAAGAUAAGACAGGCCAUUAAAAAUGCAGUAGAGAUAGCGAUACCGGCAAAAAGGAAAACUAAAAAACCCUGGAUUUCCGAAACUACACUAAAGCUUGCUGAUGAAAAACGAAAACUAAAACAGAUGAAAAACGUUUUCAUAGAAUAUACACAGCAAUAUAAAGACUCAUGUCGGAAAGUCAAAAAAUCUGCAAGACAGGAUAAAGAACGCUGGAUACAAAACCAAUGCGAACAAGCAGAAAAAGGUCUAAACAUUGGUAAUACUAGAGAAGCAUACAGCCUAUUAAAAAUAUUGAAAAGUGAAUUUGUACCUCGAGUCAAUGUGAUACGAGAUCAGCAGGGCACAUUGUUACAGACAAAAGAUGACAUUAAAGGAAGAUGGACACAGUAUUGUAGCAGUCUGUAUAAAGAUCCUGGUGGAGGAGACGAGGUGGUCGAAGAACUUGAAGACAUCGCCCCUUCGACAGUUGAACCUACCCAGGACAUCCUGUAUUCUGAAGUCCAGACAGCAAUAAGUGCUUUAAAAAAAAAUAAGAGUCCAGGAUCAGACGGAAUUCCAGCAGAAAUGCUACAAGCUGGAGGAGAACCACUAGCACGUCAAAUAUAUCAGCUCUGCAACAAAGCAUGGCAUGAGGGUACAAUUCCAGAGGAAUGGGGCAAAUCUAUAUUGAUACCCAUACCAAAAAAAGGAGAUCUUAGCAACUGUUCUAACUAUCGAACGAUCUCUCUUAUUAAUCAUACAGGAAAAGUGCUUCUAAUUGUCCUAAUGAACAGACUAAAAGCCUACCUAGAUCCGUACCUUUCAGAAGAACAGGCAGGAUUUAGAAGAGACAGAAGCACGAUACACCAGAUUCUGAUGCUCAGACUAUUAGCCGAGAAAGCAAAAAGACAGGGAAAGAAAAUCUAUAACUGUUUUAUUGAUUUUCAAAAAGCAUUCGAUACGAUUAAACACAAAAUAAUUUGGGCUACGCUAAAAUCAUAUGGUGUUGAUACAAAAAUAAUCACACUGCUACAAAAUAUCUAUGAAAAAUCACAGUCAGCUGUUCGAAUUGGUAAUGAUUAUGGCGAGUGGUUCCAAACGGACGUAGGAACAAGACAAGGCGAUCCUCUGUCACCACUCCUCUUCAUCGUAUAUCUUGAAAGAGUAAUGGAUCAGGUGAGACAGAACACCUGCGGAAUUAAUGUCAGCGGAAUACUUAUAAACAACCUAAGGUUCGCAGAUGACAUUGAUCUCAUUGAUGAAGAUCUCAGCUCACUUCAACGCCAAGUUGAGCUAACAAAAACAGCAGCCGAACAGUCUGGACUAAUAGUGAAUAUAAAUAAAACUAAAACUAUGUGUCCUACUAUACGCUUCAGAGACAUGGACCUUAAAAGAAGUAGACAGGAAAAAGUUACUGGUAUUCGAAAUGAAAUGUUACCGACGGAUUCUAAGAAUAAACUGGCAGGACAUGAUACGAAACGAAGAUAUUCGGAGAAGGAUAUCAAGAGAGAAGACGAUAAUAGACACCAUCAAAAAGAGGAAGCUGCGGUUGUUCGGUCACAUCUGCAGAAUGGACGAUGGUAG